AUGCUGUUCAGAAGUCUCUGCCUGGCCGCUAUCUUAUAUUCCGGGGCUAUACAGGCCCAAUCCGAGCCCGAGCUCGAGCCAGCCGUCCGCGUCGUUAGAUUCCAGGUCACCUACCCAGAGGCGCGCGUCUCCGAGCUGUCCGGCGUGCGCAAGUUCAGCUCGUUGUUGCGCAACUCGGUGCUCGCCUCGCUGCGCUUCAUCAACAAGCACUGGCUGAUCUGCGGCGGAUCCGAGCUCGACAAGUGGGCAUUUCACAGCGAAUACAGAAAAUCGACAGACUGUGGAAAGGCGCAGGUGACCGGCGAGUCAUUCGGAGCAUCGGGAUACAG